UGAGGAAUAUAGCAUAAGUUUAAGUGAAUCAAGCAUUUGUAAAAGGAAAGAUAACUGUCCAAAAGUGUUUUUUGGGUAUAUUCAAAUAACUGUGGGGAAUAAUGAGUUGUUCGCAUCAGAUGAUGAAAAACGUUGUUCUUAGCAGUUACUUCUUCAAACUUAUUAAUAAAAUCAUUCCGUUGAAACUGAUAAUUGUAACGUUUCAUCUAGAAAGUAAUAUGCGGAGAUCUGCAGCACCAAGUCGUACUAGUCAGUCUCAAGAUCUGUCGAUAAAUUCCAACCUCGUAAAGACGGCUGAGUACAAGUCAGUUUCACACUGUUCCUCAAGUCCUAAAAUGAACAAUACGCCUACAAAUUUUAAUUUGUCUCAUGCUACGAAAUGUUCCAGGUAUUUCGAGGCUGUAUAUGCUAAAGCAUCGACUAAAAAGCAUAAAAAAUGGGAAGGAGAUGGUUUUGUAGAGGUUGAAGGUCGAAUCAUAAAGCUUAUCAAUGAAGAUUUGAAAGUAAUAGCAUCUGCUUCUGGUCAUAAAUUAGCUUUUUUAAAUGAAAUUGAUAUUGGUUCGGUUGUUCAUAUUGGGUCUUAUGAAGCAGAGCUUAUUUCACUGAUAGAGAAGCCACAGUUAAUUAAUCUUUCCUCAAAAUCAAAUGAUGGCACUGAGGCGUUACAUGCACCGGCAAAAAUUUCGACAAGCAAACCAAGCACAAAUCUCAGUUUCUCACCAAAGACGAAUUCCAAAUCAAAACUGAAUGAGUCCUGGGGUUCUUCAAACCAUCUGGUUAUGCCCAAGCCUCCUGCUAACUGCAUUUGGUCUCAGAAUCCCGACAACCUUCCUAUUGUGGAUGUAGUUUUAGAGUCGAAGUUUGCUUCACGUCUACAGCCACAUCAAUGUGAAGGUAUUAUUUUCUUGUAUAAAUGUUUAAUGGGAUUUCAACCGUAUGUUGCUUUAAAUGAAUCUGAUGAACGAAUUACUUAUGGAUGCAUUUUAGCGGAUGAAAUGGGUCUUGGUAAGACAGUUCAAGCUAUUGCCACCAUUUGGCUAUUAAUUAGACAAGGACCGUACGGAGGUAGACCGGUUAUUCAACGUUGCCUUAUUGUAACUCCAGGUACACUUGUUCAGAAUUGGCAAAAGGAAUUCUCCAAAUGGUUAGGUCGUGAACAGUUACCUGUGUAUUGUGUAGAUCAAAAUCAUUCUGUUAAAAAAUACCUAACAAUGUCCAAUGAUUCACCGCAGGUUAUUCUUAUGUCGUAUGAAAUGUUUCUACAGCAUACUAGUGAAAUCUAUGAAAUUUCCGACUUGGAUAUGGUUGUAUGUGACGAAGGGCAUAGAUUAAAAAAUUCCAAUAUCAAUACAACUAUGGCACUUUGUCGACUACGUGCACGUAGACGUUUGCUAUUAACUGGGACUCCAUUACAAAAUCAUUUGAAUGAAUUAUGGUCAUUGGCUAAUUUCUGUGUACCAGGACGUUUAACUUCAAGUUUAGAAGAGUUUCGUCGUCAAUUUGUUAUACCACUAUUAAAUAGUCGUAACUUAGUACAAAAUGUUAAAAACAAUCUUAACAAUGAUGAUGAUUGUGAUUCUUGGAGUUAUACAAACUAUGAGAAUUGUGAUGAUUUAGAAAGUCCAUCAGCCAAAUUAUUCCGACUAUUGAACAGUUUCUUUUUAAGACGCACAUGUGAUGUCAUUGCACCAAAACUAACUGAUAAAACUGAACAUAUUUUGUUUUGUCGUCCGAGUAAACUGCAAACCGAUUUGGAAGCUAUACUUACACAGUGGAUGAAUAAUGAAUUUAAUUUAAGUCGAUGUGAAUCUCUUAAAUUAUUCUCACCCGAUGAUGAUUAUGAAGAUUUUGUUAAAUCUGUGGAAAGCGUAUCGUCAUCACGUUCAAAACACCAUAGUUCCAUUUUAUCAAUUAUAACAGCAUUUCGAAAACUUCACAAUCAUCCAUAUCUAUUAAGAAAUUAUUUAAUACAGUCGAAUUCUACACAAAAUCAAUCAGUUGAUCGUCUACCUACAAAACUGACUGCAGAUUUGCUCCGUUUGUUGAAUUCUGAACAUUCAAUAGUGGCACAAGAUCUCUGUUUUACAAAUCUAAAUGAAUUUAUUCAAUUAUCUGGAAAGUUCCACGUUCUUUAUAUCAUGCUGAGACGACUGUUUGACAAACAACUGUCAUCUUCGUCCACAGUGAAUUUCCAGAAAAAAUCGCGACUAUCCAACAGUAAUAGUAAAAAUAGUUUACAUAUUAAUGAUCGUCUUGUAUUAGUUUCCAAUUUUACUCAGACACUUAAUCUUUUGGAGAAAUUAUGUAAUCUAGUCACUGGACAACCAUCUCUUCGAUUAGAUGGUCAGACAACGAAUAAACAACGCGCUGAAGUUGUUCAGAGAAUCAAUGAUCCAACAUCUCAUGAUCGUAUAUUACUGCUUAGUUCACGUGCAGGUGGAGUAGGUUUAAAUUUAAUUGGUGCCAAUUACUUAAUUUUGUUCGAUAUGGAUUGGAAUCCAGCAAAUGAUGCACAAGCUAUGGCUCGUAUUUGGCGUCCGGGACAAACUAGAUCGGUUAAUUUAUACCGGUUAGUAACAGCAAGUGGUAUGGAAGAACGUAUAUUUCAACGACAAGCAGCUAAAUUAGCUUUAACCAGUCAAACAUUAGUCAAUACAUCAAUGUAUAAUGAAAAUAUUUUGGAAUUUAUUGAGACAAAAAAGAAACCUGAUAAAAAUCUUGGAAUUCUUACUCGUGAUGAAUUGAAAGAAUUAUUUCUCCUUCCCAAUACAUCAUCAGGGUCAUGGACUCAUGAACUUAUUCAGUGUAAUUGUAAUCAGUCUCUAGAAAAGAAACCUUUCACCCCAAGUCCUUCUCUCUCAUCAUCAUCAGACAUUGAAAACUAUGAUUCUGCCGAUGAAAUUGUAGUGAAGAGUUUUAUAGAUUAUUCUCAUGAACUUGACGAUAAAGAGAACAAAAAAGAAGAAAUCGAAUCAUCAGGACACACUACUGGUAUUAUCAAUGAUGGGAAUGAAGACGAUGAAUAUUCCAAUAUUAGAAUAUUUCAAUUAGGUUCUACAAAUCCACUUAUUACUGAGAGCUUGAAAUCACCCAAAUCCCAAUUCACCUAUUUGAAACAACAGUCAGCUUCAAUGCCAACGACAACUCAUAAGUUACCAUCAUCUGAUUCACUUGGUUUUCUAUUGAAUUGGAAACAUUCUUUUUCAUCUGAACAAAUAGAUCAGUUGAAUGAUCGACUUUUAAUAACACAUCAAUCGGACCCUAUGAAAUCCUUAAUAAACUGUAUAUUUACACUAAAUUCGAAAGCAUCUUAA